CAACCUCACCCCCACCCCAGGCGCGGCCCCUUUAAGACAGUCUCAGCCCUCGGGCGUCAUCACGUGAUCGACCCUUUGUCCGGACAUUCGGGCGGCGGAAGCAGCGGCGGAGAAAAAGUGGGUGAGAAGACACAGAGUGUCGGGUGUCCGCCCGGAGCUCCCGUGCCCUGACACAGGAUGGAUUUCUCCUCUCAUCACACUCGCCUCCUGCAGCAAUUGGAUGAUCAGCGGCAGAGAGAUCUAUUCUGCGACUGUAAUAUUCUAGUGGAGGGGAAGAUGUUUAAGGCUCACCGUAAUGUUCUGUUUGCUAGCAGUGGUUACUUCAAAAUGCUUCUGUCUCAAAGCUGCAAAGAUGUGGGACAGCCUACCACAGCCACCUUUGACGUCUUUUCUGCAGACACAUUUACUGCCAUACUUGAUUAUGUAUACUCUGGCAAGCUUCCUCUUUCGGGCCAAAAUGUUAUUGAAGUUAUGUCCGCAGCCAGUUAUCUGCAGAUGACUGAUGUGAUAAAUGUGUGCAAGAUGUUCAUUAAAUCUUCUUUGGAUAUCAAUGAGAAGGACAAGGAUGGUUUCUUCAGCCUGUCCGAUAAAGAUUCUGGCAGUAAUGGCUGUGGACUCUAUGCAGCAGGGUGGAGGACUGAAAACAGCCCAACACAUGCCCAUGAGGCAGCAGAACAUGGUGGAUUCAUUGCUGGAUACAAUUACCCACCUCCCAUCAUCUCCAGGUUGCAACGUCCAUUCAGCAAGCAUUCACGCAAACCAGAAUAUGUGCGUAAACACCGCAGACGUCUGAUGCCCGAGCCAUUGACUCAGGCUUCUAUUUCAUCUCUCCCAUUGGGUGACCUUGUUGGAGGUUCUGCAGAGUGCAUGAUGCAUGAUGAGGAGUCAAGAGAUUGUGCAACAAAUGAAGAGGAGUCCUCAUCUCAAGCUGCUAGACUGGGUUCUAAGGGAGAGGAAGAGGAUGAAGAGGCCUUAACACAUAGCUGGCCGGAUUCACCACAGAAUGUGGAAUCUGGAGACCAAGAUGUCAUGCCACAGAUUUCAAAGGCAGAUGAACUAUACAAGGCAAUGCCAACAAUCCUGGGUGUUUCUACUGGAUGGAGUGAAGAUGAUCUAAGCCCGGUUAGAUUUAAGUGCCCCUUUUGCACCCACACUGUAAAACGAAAAGCAGAUCUUAAACGGCACCUGCGCUGCCAUACGGGAGAGCGCCCAUACCCCUGCGAGGCUUGUGGCAAAAGAUUCACGCGCCUGGAGCAUCUAAGAAACCACUUCCAAACUAUCCAUGAAGCUGGUAAGCUCAUCUGUCGACGGUGCAAGCUCCCAGUGACAAACAUGACUGGUCGUGUUAUUCAAGAUGGGACUAGACGAUACCGUCUUUGUCACACAUGCCUAACAGAAGCUGGCUUGGACAAUGUGAGCUUUGAUUUUGGAGAUGACCAACCCCUCGUUUUGCCACCAGAGAGUGAGAGGGAGCAGGGCUGGAGUUUCAAAGAAGAUGGGAGAGAAGAGAAUGGGAGUGAUCAACCAGAAUCAGAUUUGGUCAUGCAUACAGUAGACAGUGAAGAGGAAGAAUCAAAAUCCAAAAUCAAAUGUGUAGUUGGCAUGUAGCUAUAAUGUUUCCCAUUGCUUUAAGCAUGUUGUGUUCUUGAAAACACUGAUCACUGACAGUAUUUUAUAGAAGUUCUUAUCUACAUGUUUUGCGUAUUUAACAGGAGAAAAAAAAAAAGCAUAUUUAGCUACUCAGCCUUGUUUAUGCCGAUGGUUGCCACAUUGGGUCAACAUUCCUCACAUAGAAACUUUGAUACUACUUCUAUGAUACUCUGUUAUCAAAUCUCUGUUUCCAGCAGAUGUGGAUAAAGAGAAUUUUUGUUGCCCAUCAUGGCAAAUAGAGUGUUAUAAAGGCAGAGCUCCAUUUCAUUAUGCUGUUGCAAUAUAUCUAUUUUUUUUUCUGUCAAAGUAAUUUAGCAGUUAGCUAGAACAAAGUUCACCAUUUCACAGUUGCAUUGGAAUGAAGGAUCACUUUAAAAAAAACAAAAAAACUUGUCAUUUUACAUUUCUCUUGUAAUUUUUUAUUUUUAAUUGAGGUAACUAGAUUACACACAGCGUAAGGUCUGCAAAUGAAGUCAAGCGAUAUUAAGAAAAGCUCCCUUGGUCAAGAUAAAUAGAGUAGGACAAUGCCAAGUAUUUCUUAGUUUCGAAAGAGCUGCACAACUACCUCAUUUCUGUUUACAUAGUAUAGAGAGAACAAACCCAAUGUGUAACAGCUAGAUCAGAAGAAAGUCGUUUGUUUAAGUUAACAACACUGUAUUAUAACUAGAUCAAGCGAAUAUAAACCACUGGAGCGGGUUGUUAUAUCAAUAAUGUGGAAAUAACUAAAAUACUAGAAAAUGGUUUCAUUAAACAGGAUAAAACCAAGAGGUAGCCCCCCUGCACCAGCGCUCCACAGUAGUAAUAUCCCUUUGCUGCAAGAACGCAGUCCAUCAGCCCUUUGGGGCCUUAAUCUGAUUCCCCGAUCAGGGAGCGAGAAUAAAGCCUGCCACAAGCUCUCUGUGGGCCAGUCAAAUUGCCAAGUGUUGCUAGAGAUCGCACAUUGCAAGCAUUUAAAGCCACAGCUGCAGAUACAACGGUUGUUUUCCGUUUAAUAGUGCCCUCGUACUCCAUUCCUUCAAGCACAGACUGUAACAGGAACUGGCAAAAAACUUUUUAUUGACCUCUCCAUGACAAGUGACAGUCAAGGUCGCCAGAUAGUCCCACAUAGUAGAGAUCCUCCAGGUGUUGUUGAAUGUGGACAGGGUGAACCACUGUCUGGGUUCCUGGUCCAGAUAGAGAGCAACUGAGAUGAGUUGGGGUUCAUGUCUGGAUAUGUGUUUCCAUUCAGCGUCCGUUGCAGAGUACAAUGCUUAUUUGCAGCCCUGCAUCCAGAUUGCCUUUGCAAAAGGAUGUGCAACAAAGAGGUAAGCUUAAGAGCGAGGACCUGGAUAACCCCCACCGGUCCGAGGGGGAUGACAGGAUACAAACAGAAUCUUGAAGAUCAAACCUCUUUAGGCCAGGAGAUCGACCACUUCUCCCACUUUCUGAGUGAGCUCACCAGCCAGACUAGACUGCAAUCCCUCAAGUUUCUCUCUCCUCUCAGAAUAGCUGCAACCCAGAUAUAAUCUGCUCCAAAUUAGUCACCAGAUGUACCCAUACUGCU